AUGGUGUACUCGGUUCUUGACCAUAUCAUCCCCCCUACGGAUGAAACCGAACUCUGUGCUUCCCUUGCCGCCAAAGCUGCUGAUCUCCCCUUCUGGAAACGCCUCGACGUUGUGGUUCUUCAAUGGAUUUAUGCCACGGUUUCCCCGGAUAUUCUAACCUCCAUUCUUGUCGUCGAUGACCUAGCUGCAUAUGCUUGGAAGCGGGUUCAUCAAAUCUUUCUCGACAACCAGAAUUACAGAGCAGCUUCUCUUGAAACGGAAUUGACCACCACAAAAAGGGAUGAGUUCUCCUCGAUUGUUGCUUAUUACAACCGCAUGAAAUCCAUUGCUGACCAGUUAGCCAACGUUGGCUCCCCUAUUUCUGACCAAUGUUUGGUGUUGCGCACCCUUGCUGAACGUGCUCGGGAUUUAGAAUCUGCAACAGCUCUCAUUGUGGAUGAUGAGAAUGCCUCACCGCCUCCUUCGCAUCAUCAUGGAGGUAAUCCUAACAACCAUGGUCGUAAUUCCAAUAACAAUUACAAUAAUAAUCGUGGAAGGAGGAAUUACAAUAAUCGUGGAAAGGGCAACAAUAAUAACAACAACCACAAUAGAGGCUGCAACUCCGGUCGCGGUAGUGGCCAACCCAAUAACCACCAGCCCGCAGUGGCCUAG